GGGGCCGGCGGAGGGGCGGCCUUGGGAGGGUCUGCUGGUCCCAAGGCUGCUGCGGUCCGGGCAGCCGUGCGAGGAGAGGCGAGGCGAGGAGAGGCGAGGGGCGCGCGAGCCUCCCCAGAGCCCAGCGUGCAGCCCCUCCAUGAAGCUGAGGUGAGAGGAUCGGGACAGGAUGGCCAAGAGCCGGCUCCUCCGCCUGUGGCUGGUCUUGGGCUCGGUCUUCAUGGUCGUGCUCAUCAUCGUGUACUGGGACAACGUGGGCGCCGCCCACUUCUACCUGCACCCGGCGCGGCCGCGGCCGCCCGCCCCCGAGCCGCCCUCGGGCGGCCCCGCCCCGCCGCGGCUGCUCCCCGCGCGGCCCUUGGAGACGCUGCUGCUCGGCGGCCGGCAGCCCGGCCUCGCGGGGAGGCCGGCAGGGCAGCCCUGGCCGCGGGCGUCGCGCAAGCCCGGGCCGCCGGGCAACCUGGAGGAGAGCGUGAGGGGCUACGACUGGUCCAGCCCCGCGGCGCCGCAGAGCGCCGACCCCGACGGGCGGCAGGCCGAGCGCAGGAGCGUGCUCCGGGAGCUCUGCGCCAACGCCAGCUUCGUGUUCCCCACCAAGGAGCGCUCCUUCGACGACAUCCCCAACUACGAGCUGAACCACCUCAUCGUGGACGACCGCCACGGCGUCAUCUACUGCUACGUGCCCAAGGUGGCCUGCACCAACUGGAAGCGCGUGAUGAUCGUCCUGAGCCAGAGCCUGUCGGACCGGGGCGUGCCCUACCGCGACCCCCUGGACAUCCCCCGCGAGUACGUGCACAACUCCAGCACGCACCUGACCUUCAACAAGUUCUGGCGGCGCUACGGCAAGUUCUCGCGCCACCUCAUGAAGAUCAAGCUGAAGAAGUACACCAAGUUCCUGUUCGUGCGCGACCCCUUCGUGCGCCUCAUCUCCGCCUUCCGCAGCAAGUUCGAGCUGGAGAACGAGGAGUUCUACCGCAAGUUCGCCGUCCCCAUGCUGCAGAUGUACUCCAACCACACCAGCCCACCCGCGUCCGUCAGCGAGGCCUUCAGCGCCGGCCUCAGGGUGUCCUUCGCCAACUUCAUCCAGUACCUGCUGGACCCCCACACCGAGCAGCUGGCGCCCUUCAACGAGCACUGGCGGCAGGUGCACCGCCUCUGCCACCCCUGCCAGAUAGACUACGACUUCGUGGGCAAGCUGGAGACCCUGGACCAGGACGCCGCGCAGCUGCUCCGGCUCCUCAAGGUGGAUAAGCUGCUGCACUUCCCCCCGAGUUACCGGAACAGGACUGCCAGCAGCUGGGAGGAGGGCUGGUUUGCCCAAAUCCCCCUGGCCUGGAGGCAGCAGCUGUAUAAACUCUACGAGGCCGACUUUGUUCUCUUUGGCUACCCCAAGCCCGAGAAUCUGCUCAGAGACUGAAGGCGUGAGGGGAAAAACCCCCCGACGCCACAAAACCACGGGCCGGGUUGUUACUCUACACCCGAGCGAGGGGCCUGUGGUACUGCGACCAGAACAUCUGCCUGAGGGGGGGCUCCGUGGGGGCCACACAUCUCUUUUUACGGCUGCGUUUCCCUCCCGGCAGGACGGGUGUCGCCGCAUGCCCCCGCCCCCAGGCACCUGUUGAGGCAGCUGGAAACACCAGGAAGGGGCCACACCCACACUCUCGUUUGUAAAAUAACCUAUGAUUUUUGCAGUCUAGACUUACCGUUUCCUCCCCUGCUAUAUCAUCGAGAACUGUGUGAAUACUGUUUUUUAAGAUUAAUAUAUUUCAGAUAUUUAAUAUGAAACACGGAGAGGGAAACGGCGGAGUAAAAAGUCGCAUCUGCCCCUC